AUGAUUCAAAACAACGGCAAUAUGGGAAAUACUCAGAAUGUGUUUAACGAACGGUUUAAUCGUGCACAAGGUGAAGUGCAGGAACGAGGUGGACGACAGAUGCAGAAUCCAUCGGUAACUGGAAAAAGGAAAUCUCGUGAAGAGGAGUUAUAUGAGUCUCUGUAUUAUGCGAAGUGGAGUUAUGUGAUGUCAGGUUAUAAUCAAGAGCCACUCGGUAUGAAGGUAUUCUUUGGAAGACCACAACACAUAUGGACGGAAGAAGAAGUGGAUAUAACUCCUGAACAUUGUGAAGUUGAUGCGGAACUUGAGGAGAGACCCACUGGCCUGGAGAUCUUUGUCCUUACAUCAAAGAUGGGUUGGCCAUCAGCUACGUUUCAAUUAGGUAUCAAUGAUGAAAGUGGUAUAAUGGACAAUAAUGUCUACAUCCGUCGUGAAAUGAUGCGUGUGUGGUAUAUAAUACAACGAAAAUUAAAUGCAUGGUGGGUGCAAAAGACAGAGAGCACACCACCAACACACAUUGUCAUUGGUAUUCCAGGGACUGGAAAAUCAUGUGGAGUUGGAUCAUUUUUACUUCAUUCCCUACUUCACUUCCAUGAAGGAAUGCUUGAUGUCGUUGUGUAUUUCACGGAUGUGGACGCCUACCUUAUAUACAACAAGAAGGGGAAUGAGGAAGGGAGGGUUGUAUUGUACAAGAGAAAAGACGUCACUAAUGUUAUUAAAGAAAUGCGUUUGAAAAAAAGAGGGCAUAUUAUUUUUGAUACUGAUGGACCUGAUGAGACUCCGCCUUAUGAGACCCAAUAUCUUGGGUGGGGAAUAACUACACUCAACACUCCGGAUACAUACUAUUAUAAACAUUGGGAGAAGGACUAUUUCAGUUGGAAUGUGAUUUUAAACUGCGAUGACGUACGUGACAUUAAGGCGUUUGUGGCCUGGAAGAAACUGUCCCUAUUUCCCAACUAUACGACUCUCGAUGAAAAUGCUCGUGCGAAGGUUAAGGAAGAGCUAGAGGAUGAGUGGAGGUUAGUGGAGAGACGUGUUGACGUUGUGGGGCCGCUGCCUCGUUAUGUUUUCAGCAAGCAAAGUUACACCAACCGGCUGCAGGAUAUCAGUGAUUACCUAAGAAGCCUAGAAAAUGAGAAGAAAGAAGAGUAUGAAACGAUUCUGGAAAAAUAUUUUACGUGGAAAAGUGAAAAAGUGGUUCACAGUUUAGUGAAGAUUGUACGGGAGGGGGGCAGAUAUGACGACCUCGAAUCAUACCACUGUAGACCUCUAUCAGUUGCCAUUGGGAAUAUGAUACUCUGUACGCUGUUUUCAACUGUUGCAACACUGAUGGUUGAGAAACAUAGUGAAAGCGUAUACGGUAAGGUCGGAGCCUACUCGCUUGAAACAAGGGCUUUGGUUUCACUUCUCUUUCCUAGAGUCUUUUGUGUGGUCACAAAACAUUUGAACUACCUCCGAAGACUCGGAGAGACGGAAGACAAGCGUAGCAUCCUGAAAGAUAUGACCCCACAACAGUUUCAAAUUUUUGAACAAAAGUUCUUACCAAAAACUGGACAGAAUGCAAUUGGAAACUGUAAAUACAAGGUGCUCUACAGGUCAUUGGAGGAGAGUAAGCUUUUUGUGGAUGGCUUUUUCUUUGUGGAAGAUUGCUCUAGAAGGGUUGCGGAUAUGAGGGAUGGUUUUCCACAACUGGGAGUUGCCUCAAAGACUAUUGUGCUUAUUCAAAUAACAGAUAAUUACAGGAAAGAAGCAAGUGUUUCAGAGUUACAGGAAUUUAUGACAAACAUUGCAAGGUAUUUUUCCGAUUGGGAUACCUUUUCUCGUAACAUGGCAUGGGAGAUGAUAUAUGUUAAUGCUAUUUAUGGUGGUGUGAUUAAGACGCGGCAACGAUGUGUGAACAACAACACCGCUGAUGCUGAGCAACAAACUGAGGAAACACAAGUAUUUUGGGAUGGUAUUGACCAGUAUCAAAUAACAUUUGAUAACAAGAUACAGAAAGAGCUUAUAAUAGCGUAUCAUGAAGAGAGAAAAUAUCGAGAUGCACCAGCAUUCACACGGAAACGAGGUCAUGAGUAG